CACAAGCAUAUGGUAACUGGUGUGUCUGCCGCACCUGGCCCGACCCGACGACUGGCGCCAUGGGGGCGGAGCCAACGGAAGCCAAGGGGAUGGAGCAAGAGCCAAUGGCGAAGGAGCCUGGAGGUGAGCUCAUGAUCUUCGAUGAUGGGUCCAUGACCGCGGACAAGGCGCAGUCCAGUGCCAUGAGCCUGGUCAUCAACUACGCGGACCCCGCGGUGGCCGCGGGCACCGCCGUGCUGGGCUUGGGCCUGGUGGUGCUGCCGCUGCUCAGCAAGCUCAACAAGCUGCAGGACGAGGAGACCUUUAGGUACCCCCCGCACGGAGAGACGAAUCCCAAGCAGCCGCUGCGGCUCUUCACGGAGUCGGAGCUGCGUCAGCGGCUGGGCACGUUGGACGCCGACUGCGUGGCCAAAGAAAUCGCCAUGAGCACCGAGGAGUUAGAUGAGCACAUGGAGGCCUGCGGUAUGGAGGAGACAGAUGACGAGGUGGGCCGCAUCCAGAAGUGGCGGGACUCGGUGAACGCCAACCUCCGGAGCUUGCAGAAGCGGUCAGCACUCGCCUUUUUGGGCCUGCCCCCUGACUCGGGGCAGAAUGACAUCAACGCCAUGUACAAGAAGAUGGCCUUGGAGCUCCACCCGGACAAGGGCGGGGACCCCGAGAAGUUCCAAGAGCUCCAGGAGAUGAAGGAGCGCCUCACGGAAAUCGAGAAAGAGGAAGGAGGGGAUGACAAAAAGGACGUGGACGAUCCAGAAGAAGAGGAGGCAAAGAAGCAGAAGGAGAAGGAGGAGGAAGAGGAGAAGAACCGCCUGCCUCCCAAUGAGCGCAUCAAGAAGUUGCGCAUGGACGUGCAUGACAACACGGUGCGCUUGUGGGAGAAAGCCAAGAAGUCCAGGGACGAGAUCGUGGGCGAGAAAGCCCUGAAGGUCAACGCGCAGCCGGCCUUGAACAUUCUGCGGCUCUUCGUGGACCGCUUUGUGACCAACGAGAUCAAGACCUUACGCCACGACGACACCAAAGGCGCCGAGGCGAAGCUGCGGAAGUUCCUGAAGCAAGGCGCCGAGAUUUUGUGCGUGGCGGCCCUGGCGGACGUGCAGGGCACCCUCUCCACGCUGGCCAUGCACUUCAACUACCGGCUCAUCGCUCGAAGCGGCUCCCCGGAGAUCAAGACGAAGUGCGCCUCCUUGCUGGAGGCCGUGGGAGAGGUGCCUGCCACAGUGGAGCGCUUCCUGCAGAAGAUGGAGGCCGACCUCUCGGAGCAGAAGGACCGGGACAAGCGCCGCAAGGAGCAGCGGGCGGCGGAGCAGCGGCGGCGAGAGGAGCGGGGGGACUACAGCGGCGAGAAGGGCGAAGAGGGCAAGGACAGCAAGGAGCCGGACAAGCCGAAGCCCAAGGCAGAGCCGGCGAAAGCGCCCGGCUACCCGCGGCUCGGGCACCAGAAGCCGAAGAGCGACCCCUUUGCGGAUUUCGACUUCAAGGAGCCUCCAAAGGCGAAGCCGGCAGCGAAGUCGGCCACGAAGCCUUCCGAGGCUCUGGCAGAGAAAAAGGAGGAUGACCGGACGCAGAUACAGGCGGCGGUCAAGCAGAAGAGGACCACCUGGGACGCCUCCUUCGACCACCCCUACGCUGGGGCGCUGAAAUCCAACGGCACGGGGAUCUACUGCCGGCCCUGCCAGAGAUGGAUCGUCACCUACGAGUUCAGCACCGAGGUGUUCCUGACCCAUGUGGAGCGGGUCCACCCCAAGCCGCCGCCAGGGUGGUCGUGAGCACCGGAGACCAAAACCCAAGGCCCCA